UUCCUCGUCCACUCGUUUGCGCUUCUCUUUCCAUCGAGCCAAUAGCAGCCAUGCUCAUCCAAGCUCCCGGCUGGAGCUCUGUUCUGGCUCGCCUCUCGUUCUUCCCCAACCACCGCCGCCGCCGGGGCCCCGUGUUAUCGCGAUUCGGAUCGUUCAACGUUAGGGGAGCGAUUGGAGUAGCGGGCGCCUAUUUUGUGCGGAGAAAGGACUCUCGGGCGAGGAUUUCGGCGUGCGGGGAUAGUCAGUCGAAUGCGGACGGGCAGAGGAAGAGAGAUGUUGUGGAGCACAUAUGUUUGCUAAAAGCUAAGGAUAACCUAACUGAUGAGGAAGAGAAGGAUAUGCUGGAUUAUCUGUAUACAUCCCAAUAUCGAAUGGGCGGCAUUGUUGCAAUAUCAUUAGGACGUAUCGAUGAUGAUAAUCCGGAAAGAUACACGCAUGCUGUUUUUAUGCGUUUCCAGAGGAAGGGGGACCUAUUAAAGUUCUACGAGAACCCUUUCUAUUUGGGAGUUCUUCAGAAGCAUGUGAUGCCUUACUGCCAUGAACUACUUAAUGUUGAUUAUGAGUCUGAAGUAGAAGACGAUAUCCUUUCUAUAUUUAGGAAAGGAGAGGAGUUCAAUUAUGGUGAGGAAUUUGUUUUGUUGGUUGAGUUGAAGGAUGAUGCGCUUGGUGAACUUGCAGAAGAUGCAAUGUGUUCUCUGCAUAGAAUAGCCACGGAGUCACCAUCCUUGAUAGUCCAAGUUUCUCAAGGGUUGAAUUUCAAUUCCACCAGUAAUAUGAAGUACACACAUGGCGUUGUGAUAAGAUUCCGUUCAAUUGAAGCCUUCAAAAUAUUUGUUGGGAGCACAGAGUACAAACAUAUCUGGAGCUCCAAAUUCCAGCCAAUCACUAGGAAAACGCUUUCCAUUCAUUUUUCAAUUGAUCCUGUGGGCACAGAACUUAUGUAGAUUGGAGUCAUUUGAAAAAAAAUUGCAGAUCCAUUCCCUAUCAUUUAAACGGUGAACUUUGAAGGCAAAAUGCUCCUCUGCCAGCUUCCAAAUUACUUUUGGGUUGGAGCUAUUCCACUUCUCUAAAAGAAAGCAUCCAGGUGAGUACACUGCCUCUACCUUUUUUUUUUUCAGCCCAGUAUUUUCUUCCCUUCACUGGCUUCUCUGUGGCGUAUUUGUGCAAAUUCACUUGCUAUUAGUUAGGCAUAUCUGCGUGUCUCCAUGUGCAUGUACCUCUGCAUGACAAUCUUGAAUGACUUUGAUACUUGAUGCCGGUACUUUUCUCAAUGCUUCUCACCAUUAUAAUUCUUAUAUGUUCGUCCUUUUCUAUUGCACCAACCUGCAAUGAGUGGAUUUGAUGUUCUUUUUUAUGAAGAACUGCUCUCACCGUGGGGUUUUUUUGUCUCCAUUUCCAUAAUUUUACGAAAUGAGGGCCAAGAUCUGCCAACUUGGGGUCACCUUCUCUUGGCUAAUUUGUCAUUUGAGUUCUUAGUAAUUGAAAAGUCAACCUAUCUCAUUUUAAAAGAUCUUGAUGGAGAAAAUGGUGUUUGCGUACACGGAUGUAUUUUUUUCAUUUGUCUUUUUAUGCAGCUGUCUCCAAAUCCCAUUACUCAUUGGACCCAAAUUUGAUUUGAAGAGCCAAUGAAUUUCUUUCUCAUCCUUUUGCACGGAUGUGCUGCACGAGAGACUCAUGGACAUUCGCAGUCCUUGGCUACCUGAUGCGAUGCCUCUAUUCUUAUUCUAUUAAUUCUUCUCCACGUGCUGACGAGGAAAAAUUUGUCAGAUGGAAGUUGUAUCUGUUCAAUCUUCCCAUUCCGACUAUCCUGUUGACCAUGGAAUUUAACACCCUUAGAUGCAUCCAAAUUUUUUCUUUCACCGCUAAAAUGAGCACAAUGAGCUCUUUACAAAAAUAUAGUGUCUUCUGUUCUUAGAUAAAAUUUGGAACUGCAUAAGAAGGCGGCACCUGACCUUCUGGCUACGACUAGCAAUAUGAGAUAGUGCAGUAAAUUAUUUGCUAUUCUUUUAAAGUGCUUAGUUUUAACUUUAUUAGCUGAUAGUAUACUUUAAUGGCUAACACAUGUAUGUCUAUGACUCAAGUUGGUCAGUCAUGUAUUAUAAUUUUAGUCCGCCUCUUCUCUUUCUUUGUUUUUUUUUCCCUCCAAUGCUUGACCUUCAUCAUUUUUCGAUCUUUUUGCUGCCUAUAUGUUUUCGGAAGACAAUUUAUUUUUGUAGGUAUUAGCACAACAGGAAUGUCAACCACUGUUUUUGCUGGAUCAUAUGCAGCCCUUCUGAAGUAAGGGCUCAGGCGGCUAAGUUAUAAUCGGUUUUAACUGCAUAUAUUGCUUUGCAAUUUCUGUUUGAUACAGUUGCAAGUUUCUAGUGAAAUACACACACUUACAUUCCUUUUCAAAAGUGUAUCUAUCAAACAAUAUACAUCACACCCUGAAGAAGUUUACAAAUGAAGAGAAAAGAUGGCUAUUAUCUGCAAAA